AGCUCUUUUCAUCCGGCCGCCGCUGUAGGUCAAGGAUCACCGGCAGCAAAAUAUAAAAACACAGGUACUAGCACAAACCACUGACACAUCCUUUCGCUGCCGCUGUAUGAAGAUUCAACCCACCGGCCACUUCCAUAGAAUUUCCACGGAAAAUAGCUUUUGAGAAAGUCUUUUCUGAUGGGAGGAAAGGUUGUAGAAAGAGGAAACUGGAGCCGGCAGCUCGACUUUGUGCUGUCCAGCGUAGGGUUUGCCGUGGGUCUGGGCAACGUGUGGCGCUUCCCUUACCUUGCCUAUAGAAAUGGAGGAGCAACCUUUCUGUUUCCGUACAUCAUCAUGCUGGCCAUCAGUGGCCUUCCACUCUUCUUCGUCGAGAUGGCGCUGGGGCAGUUUACCUCACAAGGGCCCAUCACUACCUGGCAGAUGAGUCCCUUCUUUGCUGGUACUGGCCUGGCCAUGGUGAUCAUCAGCGCAGUCGUCUGCAUCUACUACAACGUUAUCAUCGCCUAUGCCAUCUAUUACAUGUUCGUCUCUUUCGUGUACUUGGACGACGACCUCCCCUGGGCCAACUGCAAGGGAUUCUGGGCGACUGAUUCCUGUCGUGAUCGGUCGUAUCCGGAUUUUACUAACGCCUCCGGUGAAAGUGCUCUACAAUAUCACAAACAAUACUUUGAAAAAAAAAAAAAAACAACAACAACUGAUCUUUACUUUGCAGAAGACGUGUACAACAUGCAGUGCAUCCAAGAGAAAAUAACCCACGAAAAUUUUAGCCAUGUGCUUCGGGAGUUAUUUCCCUUCUACCCUGGUAGCAACUUCUCCUUCAGUGACCUGAACUCCACGGUCGUCACGAGCAGCCUUUUCGGAGAGUGCAAAAAGAUCUUCACAAGUCCUGCUGGCGACUUUUGGAGUCAUUUCAUCCUCCGAAUCGGCAACUCCUCCAUAGAAAGGUUGGGCUCAAUCAGCCUAAAGAACGUACUGACCCUGGCCCUGGCUUGGAUCCUUGUUUUCGUCUGCCUCAUGAAAGGCAUCAAGUCGUCAGGGAAGGUCGUAUAUUUUACGGCCACAUUCCCUUACGUUAUCUUGACGGUGUUGUUGGUGAGAGGCCUUACUCUGGAUGGCUACAUGGAAGGAGUCCUGUUCUACGUCGUGCCCAAAUGGGAAAAGCUGGCAGACAUGAAGGCUUGGGGAGACGCAGCCACACAAAUCUUCUAUUCUCUGGGUAUUGGUUUCGGCGGUCUUCUGACCAUGGCCAGCUACAACAAGUUUAAAAACAACUGCUACAGAGAUGCUAUCCUCGUCGCUGUUAUCAACUGCAGCACGUCUGUGUACGCUGGGUUCGCAAUUUUUUCGAUGCUAGGCCACAUGGCCUAUGUGUCCAAUCGGAAAAUUGAAGAAGUGGCCGAUUCAGGUCCUGGCCUGGCAUUCGUCGCCUACCCUGAAGGUAUCACCAAGCUGCCAGCAAUGUCUCUGUGGAGUUUUCUCUUCUUCUUUAUGAUUCUGACCCUCGGCCUGGACAGCCAGUUCGCCAUGAUGGAAACUGUGAUUAGUGGUAUCUCUGACCUGUUUCCUUCAGUACUGCGCAAACGCAAGACUUUAUUCACAUUCGUUCUGUGUCUACUGGGUUUCCUCCUCGGAAUUCCUCAAACAACAGAGGGAGGUAUAUACGUUCUGACACUGAUGGACUGGUAUAGUGGCAGCUACAACCUCAUGAUCGUGGCCUUGAGCGAACUGAUCUGUCUAAUGUAUGUCUAUGGUUUCAAAAACUUUAGCAUGGACAUAGAAAUGAUGGUUGGAUUCAAACCGAACUACUACUGGCUAGCCACCUGGCUCGUAAUCACGCCAGCUGCCAUUGUCUUCAUCAUCAUCAGCGGUGCUGUUCGCUACAGCAAGGCUUACUAUGGCAAGUAUGUAUUUGAAGACUUCGCCCAAGGCCUGGGGUGGAUGAUGGUGUCACUGCCACUCCUCGCUAUCCUUAUCGUGGGCGCCGUGCAGAUGAUCCGCUACGGCGUACCCGGCUGCUUCAGGCCUCAACCCUCGUGGGGACCUGCAAAACGCGAGAACCACACUGGGCGUUACGCUCAUCUCAAUGAUGGUAGCGACAAGCUGGACCACGUAGUCACGGAUAAGGACAACGGCGGCCACGUCAACGCGGCAUAUGGCUACGGCGAAGUGAAUGUCAGGCUAUAAGGCUGGGUGGCGUUAUUGCCCUAGUUAGGAAGCCCCUGCAUAGACUGUCCCACGUAACACUCUAUAUAAAUGCCCCAUCAGGCCCCUGGCAGUCUUAGGGCGCAAAGCAGUGAGUUGGGAGCAGGGAUGGCCUGCGGUUUUUGUUUUCAGCGAUGAGUGAUUUUUGGAGAAAUAAUUUAUACUCUCGUAACAUUACACUCGCCUGAGAGGUUUUCCCACUGCUUGCAUGUGCAUUGACGUCAGGAUUCUAGAUUUUCAGUAUGACAUGAAAGCCUCAGGGUUUUUGGCAAGUUCACUAGAACGGACAGAAUAAUCUUUUCUUUGUACAGCAAGAAACAAGGACAGUGAAGUUUCGAGCCUUAAUACGAUGACGAGAACUUAUAAAUUAAUGGUUAAAGGUUUAUUAUUGUUUGAAAAGAUGGCAGCAAACGCAAAAGUUACUAGCCCUUGCACAAGCCUAUCACAACUGGAGGGACUUGCUCUUUCUGCAGCUGCAAGUGUUAAACCAACCCUCUACCACCACCACCACCACCACCACACACAGAAUACAUUAGUAUUGAAUAAUUAUUCCAUUCAACUGACCAGCCUGCCUUUCGCCUGGACCAUGUUUUUUCUCUUGCAGCAAUAAGACGCAUUCGCAAAUAUAGAUACUUUAUUACAUAUUAUCCAUAUAUUUGUGGACUUAGUAGUGAAAUUUAAUAUAAACGAAUGCUAAGGAAGUCGUUGACGAAAGUUUGCAAUAAAGUAAAGUACGUAAGUGUCACAUAUCGGACAAGCAGAAAGCAACACUUAAUGUGCAAACAAAAGAAAAUAGAAAGCAGUUAUUUUUUUCUUUGUAAUGCUGUCGAUGAGCCCACCAGAAAUGCUAUUUUCAAUACAUUACCCAAUUUACAUAUUUAGUACUGUGACUAACAUUCUUUUCUCUAGUUGACUUUCAAACAGAGCUCGAAAGUAGAUAACGUUUUGUCACAGUGUGUGUGUGCGCACGCGCUGAACAAGAUAAGAUCGUCUCAUUCUAACCCUAUUCUAACAUGGCUCACCAUUGUCCUUCCUGUUUUCCGGAGUAUGGUUAUAGUUGACUCCAGAUUGAGCAACUGUGUUGUUCGAACUUUUUUGUUUGUGAUCUUGACGGCACUCUUCUGUCAGCAUUGUUAACGAGCAGAGGCAGGCGGCUGCGGAACAGAAGGGGUUUCUCUGGCAGUUUGCUCUGCGCACCCGUCCCCGGCUUCAUGUUGCGCAUAGCUAGGAGGCAGCAGAUUGGCAUCGACGUGCACCGGACCUCCGUGCGGGUAAGCGACGGACGUAGCAAGGGGGUAAGCGCCAAGAACGGGCGGCCUGGACAGGUCAACGAGUGGGUUCAGCUGGUAUGUUGCGACGAAGGGUUGUGUAUAGUUGGCUGGCGACAUGGGCAGGUAUGCGGAUGCUGAAGAGAGUGGGGAAAGUCCUCCGGGGGCAGAUGGCGUGUAACCGGUGGACAGAGACAGAUGGCAUGGGCAAUAGGUGGAAUUCUGGUGCAGCCCUCGUUGUAAGGAACCCCUUAACCCUUGAAUCAGAGAUAAUAAAAACUAAAUAAUGAUGAUGAUGA